ACAGCCUGACAUCAGGUACAGCCUGACACCUCUGCACAGGGUGACAGCAAUGACAGCCUGACACCAGCUACGGGCUGAGACUCACGUGCAGGGUUACAGUCUGACACCAGCUACAGCCUGACAGCCACACGCUGUUAUUGUAGGAGUAAAGGGCAGCAGAAUUGUGCUUAGCCUGUGCUGAUUGCGGAGGUUACCCUCGGUGCUUUAUUUUGUGCCAGGGCCGAGCCCUGGCACCUCUAGUCUUGGCAGUUCAUAACCCCAGGAUCUCCGGGCUUGCCACAUCAAUGAUUAAUGUAAAAAACGUACUGGAACACUGGCACUUAAUUGUUGAACCCCAGCACCUCUUUCAUUACAAAUUAAGCACUGCUCACCGUCAGCUGAAGUGCACUCAGUAAGCAGCGGGUUUGGAUGCCAGAUCCCGGUGGAGAGGAAGGGUUGGGGGCAGGUGUUUUGCUUGGUGUUGUCAACUCUGCCUAAGAGUCACAGGCGCCAUUUGAUCUGCCCCUCUCCUUGAUUUAAGGAUAGAGCUGAUUAGGCUCCAUAGAGUCUUUUUUUUUUUUUUAAAGUGAUCAAUGAUAAUCUAAGGGCGUAGACUUGCUGCAGGACAGCACUUCUGGGGCGGACCCUGCCCAGGCUGCACUAGCAGUGAGGUUCCCCAGUGAGAGCUGGUGGAACCUCAAGAGACCAACCUGCAGAGGUCGCAGUGGCAGGUGGCAGCAGAAGGUGACGGCGCUGGGCCAUUGGCAGUGGAGUGAAUGGUGGCAUGACAAACAACAGCGUCCAGAGUGAGCAGCCGGAGCAAGUGGCGAGCAGCUGGAGGAAAGAGCAAGGUGAGCACGACAGUAGCAGCAGCAGCAGCCUCCUGGUGGUCAGGAUCCUGGCGCCCAGCCCCUCCCGGGGCCCCUGUCUCCUGGACAGCGGCAGCAGCAUGAACGGCAGCGUGGCGCCACCGGGGGUGGUGGAGGCAGCGGCACCGCUGCCCUCACCUGGUUGGCGGGAUUUCUGCGAGGCCCAUGCUCGGGCAGCCGCCCUGGACUUCGCACGGCGUUUCCGCGCCUUCCUGAGCGAGAACCCCCAGUUUGCAGCACCGGGGGCGGAGGCUGCCUUCUCCCGCCGCUUCGCAGAGCACUUCGUAGAGCACUUCGAGGCCGAGGUGAGCAGGGCCUGUUCCGGCGACUCACCCCCCCGCUGCGACAUCGCUCCCUUCACUGGCGCCCAUCAUUGCCCUGGGGGCGCCUCCUCCUCCUCCACCCGUGACCUCUCCGAGACCUGCAGUGACUCCUCGGUGGCCUCUCCAGUGGAGCCGCAGCCCGGCCUGGCCUCAGGGUUGUCCAGCAGCCAGUCUCGUAGCUCUGAGGACGUUUCAGCCUCUGCCGCGACUGCCAGCACGAAGCCUAAGCUCAAGAAGCGCUUCUCUCUGCGCAAUGUCAGCCGCAGUGUGCGGGGCAGCAUGCGAGGUAUCCUGCAGUGGAAGAGCUCAGCCGAGUCCCCCACCGAGGAGGAGGCUGGCGGGGCCAACACCAAUUCCAACUCCUCAGGGAGUGGGGCCGCAGACUCCCUGCCCACCGAGCGCUGGACACACAAGUUUGAGAGGCUGCGGCUCAGCAAGGCGCCUGCCCCCAAAGUGGAACUGUCCAGUGUGCGCCGGGAGGGGCUGCUCAAUUACAUCGUGGCUGAUGACAGCGGAGGGGGGGGUGGCUGCCGGGCCCGAUGGCAGAAAUGCCGGCUGCUGCUGCGGAAGGCAGGCAAGGGAGAGGGCAAGGGCUACCUGCUGGAGUUCUACAUCCCCCCCAAGUCCACCAAGGCCCGGGUCAGCAUCCUCUGCUCGGCAGUGACUGAUGUGCGCACCACCACGCCGCUGGAGAUGCCUGACAAGGAAAACACCUUUGUCUUAAAGAUGGAGAACUCUCUCGAGUACAUCCUGGAGACAGUCGAUUCGCUGCAGAUGAGGUCGUGGCUGGCCGACAUCCAGGACUGCAUGAGCCCAGGGGAGAACAUGGACAGCAUGGACCUGCCCUGCCUCAACCACUCGGAGAGCAUGCCAAGCCGUGAGCUGCCCCUGGUGCCCAGCGAGAGCAAUGAGCAGCUCUCCCAGGGUGCAUAUGGAGGUCUGUCUGAGCGCCCCUCAGCUUCCAUCUCCCCCAGCUCCAUCUCCAUUGCUGCUUCCCACUUCAACUCCAUGGAGCUGCUGCCUCCUGAGCUGCCCCCCCGAAUCCCCAUCGAUGAGGCAGCUGAGCGGCUGCAGGGUCCCUACCCCCCUGGCCUGCUGCACACGCCCUUCCCCGACACUCCGGACACCACAGGCUCGUUCCUGUUCCAGGGGGAGCCGGACCCUGGCGGGGGCGACCCAGAGCAUCCCCUCUCCGAGUACCCCUGGUUCCACGGCACCUUGUCCCGGCUGAAGGCCGCCCAGCUGGUCCUGGCUGGCGGUCCCAGCAGCCAUGGUGUCUUCCUGGUGCGACAGAGCGAGACCCGGCGUGGGGAGUACGUGCUGACCUUCAAUUUCCAGGGCAAGGCCAAGCACCUGCGGCUGUCGCUGAAUGAGGACGGGCAGUGCCGCGUGCAGCAUCUCUGGUUCCAGACCAUCUUCGACAUGCUGGAGCACUUCCGAGUGCACCCCAUCCCGCUGGAGUCAGGCGGCUCCAGCGACGUCACCCUGGUUAGCUACGUGGUGGCCUCGCAGCGGCUGCAUGGCAGGGACAGGGCGGGCAGCCGAGCCGCCGCCUGUGAGCCGACCCAGCGCAGCCCUGACUCGCCCGGCCUCGUCUCCAUCGGCGCGAAUGACUGUUUAGCCGAGCACCUCCCAUAGCCUGCCCCACCCACCCCCAUCCUGGCACGCAGCUCCGGAGGGGGGGGCCCUGCAGCCCCCUUGGCUCAACCCCGAAGCCCCAGCCCCCAGCAACCCCUCCCUGCUGGAGGAGGAGGAGGAAGGGGGCACCACAGGGGACCCAGAGGAUGGGGCCACGGGAAGGCUCGUGCAGCUCCAGGUUGAGGAGCCAGAGGGAGACACGGGGCAUGCCCGGGCCGUCAACAACCAGUACUCCUUCGUCUGAGCCACGUUGGGGGUGGGGCAGCCCCACUGAGCACCCUGGGGCCCUGUGACAAGGGAGCCCUAGCCCCACUGUAUGCCCCGGGCCCUGUGAGAGAGGGGCCAGCCCUCUUGAAUCCAGCUUCCCAACCUCCCACCUUACAUGUGAUCAUUGAGCCUCUCCCUUCAGCGGUACAGAGCCCAUUGGGGCAGGAAGGUACAUCGCCCCCCCCAUUGGCAGAGGGGCUGGGCACCGAAACACUACAGGGCAGGGCCUCUAGAGCGCUGCGGGGAGUAAAGGCCUGUCC